AUGGACCUACAAGAAUCAGUAAGGAAGCAAAACGGCAUCCUGUGGAGGGUGUAUAAGCACGUGAUCAAAAUCACCCCCGGGAAGACCUCGAACCUAGUCUUUUCGCCGGCGUUGAUCAAUGUUAUCCUUAGCCUCAUCGCCGCUUAUAAAUCUCCCGGAGCCACCGAAGAACAUAUUCUCUCUUUACUAAAGGCUUCUUCUACCGAUGAGCUUAACGCCGUGUCCUCCCAGAUAGUAACCACCGUCCUUGCCGACAGCACGGCAAGUGGCGGGCCAAUGAUCUCGACAGCGAAUGGCUUCUGGAUAGAGAAGUCUCUCUGCUGUGUGGAACAGUCUUUCGAGAAUCUCUUGGAGACUUCGUAUAAGGCUGCCUUCAAACAAGUUGACUUUCGCACUAAGGUGGGUAUAGUUUUCUAG